AUGGACGGUUGCCAAUUCUUUCUGCUCCUGUCACUGAUAGUCAACGUUGAUCUUCUGCAAGGACAAGUGGUGCAAAACUGCGAAAACGUCUACGCAGUGAAUGGAAACAAGGACACGAAGCCUGCGUGCAAGGAAGGAGAGAUUUGUAUCGAACUGGGAGUGAAGAACUUCACCGUUUACGUGGAGGACUAUUGUGUAAGUGUAAUGGGGAUGCCGUGGCUAACCGGGAUGCAAAGCACGUCGAAUAUUCACUGUGCAUCUUUGGUCUGACGCGUUUGGUCCGGUUUGCGGAAGCUUUCCGUUUUUUACAAGUCGCUGCUCUUGGUUUAUCAACCCUAUUUUCAGGACUAUUACGGCUCUUUCGAUUACAUGAGCCUUGUAUCGCGUGAGUUGUGUUGCACAUCAGUUUAUCCACAAAUUCAUUUUUAGGAUACGAAGGUGGAGAAUUCUACCAUUACAAUAAUGUGACUCGGAAGCUGGGGACACGCCCGUAAGAGUUUGUCCACUUCUUUGUUUAGUUCUUGUCGUUGAGCUAGAUGAAAAUAAAAACUUUUAGGAACAUACCACCUAUUAGUUGGUAUUCCCGCCAUCAGAUCCCGUCCGACCAUGAUCCACAGUUCUACGCACAACUGUUCUCGCGGAGCGUCGAGAUUGUCACCAUGGGACUGUAAGUCUGAAAAAAAACCAAGAGCUUGACGACCCGUGUUGCUGGGUCCAACCCAGAUCAUUACUGAUAUCCAUGAUUUUUCAGCAAACCAAUCGACAAACAAAGCCAUAAAGACGUUUUUCGCCUCCAAACGAUGCUGGAUUCCGAGUUGUCCGUUGAGCAAGUGCAGCGUGCCUUUGUCUACAAGGAGUACCUGUUCCUCAGUGCGGAGAAAGCCAUCGACUUUCGAAUUCUCUACGAGAAGAGGGGACCCUAUGCCGCCGAUAUAAACAGACCAGGACGACUUACGGAGCACAAUGUUGGCCUGAUCGACGUCUCGACCAUCCCCAACGAACACAUUGACAAGGACUUCCUAGAUCUGAUCACAAAUCUAUGCUUUGUAAGUUUGGGAAAGGUUAUACGAAGGUUAUGAUUAUUUUCAUAGAGUUCAUGGACAUUUACUCUCUUUCGCACAGUGAUCCGUGGAAGAAGAUUUUUUGAAUUUUUUUUGGAAAAAACUUGGUUUAGAGGUCUUCGAGGCUACCCUUCAUUUCAUCCAGCUUUCAUUUGGGGUAGAUCGGGUAUGUAUCGCCAAUGUUGCAAAAUUCUUUGACCAGCCAGCCAAAUCACAACUAUUUACUAUAAGCCAUUGGGACACUUUUUAGCCGAUCCAGGAUUUUGGACAGCUAUUAUAAAUUUGAAAUCAUUGCUCAAAGAAUCUUGAAAGAUUCCGAAAAAAUUCAAAAAAACUUCAUCACGCUUUACCCCAUUUUGGGUCGCAAUCGUAGGAUUUCUUUCCACUGUGCGGACAGCCGUCACAACAGAUUUUUUCGUGUGGUUUUCCGACCGAAAGAUAUUUUUCUCGAAAUUAUUUUCUUUCUUUUUUCAAUUGUGACACUUCGUUUGGACGAAACUCAAAAGUGGGCGGGACACAUUUUUGUUCUAUUUCGGGUAGCCGUGUGCAGCGGCGAUGAAAAGCGGAAUGAAGUCUACGAACUGUAUAAAAAUACUUGUCAUAGCACCAUGCCUAUAUUUCCGUAUUUCAGAAACCUGGCAAGUACUGUUCGUUGGAUAUCAAGACGGAAUCCUUGGACCUGCAAGAUUACCCAGUGGCCUUCACCUACGACGACCUAGUUCUGGAGUCCUUUUGGUUUCAGUAAGUUCACCUGCUCCGGUUUUUACGCCUACGUUUAGAAGACACUGCGAAAUGCUUCCGAUGUACCGUAUUCGGCACAAGAAGACUGCUCCGAAGUAAGUGGAAUUUUGAGUUGGCUGAGUUGGAAUUUUUAGCGUGAUUUUCGAUUUCCCCAAUGUUGAGAGCAUCGUAACGCAUGGAAGAAAGCUUUCGUGGGUGAAAGAAGUAUGGUAAGUGUUUGAGAUUAAUAGAGGAAGUGCUGAUAUGUGAAUCGCCUUUGUAAUCUUUUAUUUUUUAGGCCUGUGAGUCAUAGGUAUUAUUACACCAUACGCGGUAUCCUGCCUAUUGUCCAGCCGCACGACCCCUUUUACGACUUCGUCAAACAGUUCACAACUCCCGCCCCAACGACCACAACCCGCCCACCACCAACCACCACCACUCUGAAGCCCGUCCCGGCCGGUCCCGCCCCAAAAUUCCUUGAAAUCGAAGAGGACACGGCGGAAUUAGAGAAUCCCCACGUGAUUUAUCUUGAUCCCUUACCCUCGAAUGUACCGGCGAUAUCCGGUCUUCCCAUCAUCUAUUACAUGCUCGUUUACAUCGCUUUUCACUUGAAAAGUUAUAAUUUGUAA